AUGAUGCGACGACCGCCUCCCGAUAUUCGCAACACGUACUCGCUGCUCGUCCUCAACAUCACUUUCCGAACCACGGCGCAGGACCUGAUGCCGCUAUUCGAGCGCUACGGCACGAUUUCUGACAUUUUCAUUCCAAAGGACAAGCGCACGGGCACGUCACGGGGGUUCGCGUUUGUGCGGUUCAAGCAUGAGGACGAGGCAGCCAAGGCUGUGGAGCGCCUUGACGGCACGACGGUGGAUGGGCGUGAAAUCAUGGUGAAAUUCGCCAAGUACGGCCGCAACGAGGAGAUCAUAUGGGCGCGAGAUCAUGGUGAAAUUCGCCAAGUACGGGCCCAACGAGGAGAUCAUACUCCCGUCGUUUCUCUGCUUUGCUGCUGCUUCUUUUAUUUUCCUUUCAACUGGUUCCCUGCUCUUCUUUCCCUGCUCUUCUUUCCCUGCUCUUCUUUCCCUGCUCUUCUUUCCCUGCUCUUCUUUCCCUGCUCUUCUUUCCCUGCUCUUCUUUCCCUGCUCUUCUUUCCCUGCUCUUCUUUCCCUGCUCUUCUUUCCCUGCUCUUCUUUCCCUGCUCUUCUUUCCCUGCUCUUCUUUCCCUGCUCUUCUUUCCCUGCUCUUCUUUCCCUGCUCUUCUUUCCCUGCUCUUCUUUCCCUGCUCUUCUUUCCCUGCUCUUCUUUCCCUGCUCUUCUUUCCCUGCUCUUCUUUCCCUGCUCUUCUUUCCCUGCUCUUCUUUCCCUGCUCUUCUUUCCCUGCUCUUCUUUCCCUGCUCUUCUUUCCCUGCUCUUCUUUCCCUGCUCUUCUUUCCCUGCUCUUCUUUCCCUGCUCUUCUUUCCCUGCUCUUCUUUCCCUGCUCUUCUUUCCCUGCUCUUCUUUCCCUGCUCUUCUUUCCCUGCUCUUCUUUCCCUGCUCUUCUUUCCCUGCUCUUCUUUCCCUGCUCUUCUUUCCCUGCUCUUCUUUCCCUGCUCUUCUUUCCCUGCUCUUCUUUCCCUGCUCUUCUUUCCCUGCUCUUCUUUCCCUGCUCUUCUUUCCCUGCUCUUCUUUCCCUGCUCUUCUUUCCCUGCUCUUCUUUCCCUGCUCUUCUUUCCCUGCUCUUCUUUCCCUGCUCUUCUUUCCCUGCUCUUCUUUCCCUGCUCUUCUUUCCCUGCUCUUCUUUCCCUGCUCUUCUUUCCCUGCUCUUCUUUCCCUGCUCUUCUUUCCCUGCUCUUCUUUCCCUGCUCUUCUUUCCCUGCUCUUCUUUCCCUGCUCUUCUUUCCCUGCUCUUCUUUCCCUGCUCUUCUUUCCCUGCUCUUCUUUCCCUGCUCUUCUUUCCCUGCUCUUCUUUCCCUGCUCUCUUCCCCUGCUCUUCUUUCCCUGCUCUUCUUUCCCUGCUCUUCUUUCCCUGCUCUUCUUUCCCUGCUCUUCUUUCCCUGCUCUUCUUUCCCUGCUCUUCUUUCCCUGCUCUUCUUUCCCUGCUCUUCUUUCCCUGCUCUUCUUUCCCUGCUCUUCUUUCCCUGCUCUUCUUUCCCUGCUCUUCUUUCCCUGCUCUUCUUUCCCUGCUCUUCUUUCCCUGCUCUUCUUUCCCUGCUCUUCUUUCCCUGCUCUUCUUUCCCUGCUCUUCUUUCCCUGCUCUUCUUUCCCUGCUCUUCUUUCCCUGCUCUUCUUUCCCUGCUCUUCUUUCCCUGCUCUUCUUUCCCUGCUCUUCUUUCCCUGCUCUUCUUUCCCUGCUCUUCUUUCCCUGCUCUUCUUUCCCUGCUCUUCUUUCCCUGCUCUUCUUUCCCUGCUCUUCUUUCCCUGCUCUUCUUUCCCUGCUCUUCUUUCCCUGCUCUUCUUUCCCUGCUCUUCUUUCCCUGCUCUUCUUUCCCUGCUCUUCUUUCCCUGCUCUUCUUUCCCUGCUCUUCUUUCCCUGCUCUUCUUUCCCUGCUCUUCUUUCCCUGCUCUUCUUUCCCUGCUCUUCUUUCCCUGCUCUUCUUUCCCUGCUCUUCUUUCCCUGCUCUUCUUUCCCUGCUCUUCUUUCCCUGCUCUUCUUUCCCUGCUCUUCUUUCCCUGCUCUUCUUUCCCUGCUCUUCUUUCCCUGCUCUUCUUUCCCUGCUCUUCUUUCCCUGCUCUUCUUUCCCUGCUCUUCUUUCCCUGCUCUUCUUUCCCUGCUCUUCUUUCCCUGCUCUUCUUUCCCUGCUCUUCUUUCCCUGCUCUUCUUUCCCUGCUCUUCUUUCCCUGCUCUUCUUUCCCUGCUCUUCUUUCCCUGCUCUUCUUUCCCUGCUCUUCUUUCCCUGCUCUUCUUUCCCUGCUCUUCUUUCCCUGCUCUUCUUUCCCUGCUCUUCUUUCCCUGCUCUUCUUUCCCUGCUCUUCUUUCCCUGCUCUUCUUUCCCUGCUCUUCUUUCCCUGCUCUUCUUUCCCUGCUCUUCUUUCCCUGCUCUUCUUUCCCUGCUCUUCUUUCCCUGCUCUUUCUUUCCUGCUCUUCUUUCCCUGCUCUCUUCCCCUGCUCUUCUUCCCCUGCUCUUCUUCCCCUGCUCUUCUUCCCCUGCUCUUCUUCCCCUGCUCUUCUUCCCCUGCUCUUCUUCCCUGCUCUUCUUCCCCUGCUCUUCUUCCCCUGCUCUUCUUCCCCUGCUCUUCUUCCCUGCUCUUCUUCCCCUGCUCUUCCUGCUCUUCUUUCCUGCUCUUCUUCCCCUGCUCUUCUUUCCCUGCUCUUCUUUCCCUGCUCUUCUUUCCCUGCUCUUCUUUCCCUGCUCUUCUUUCCCUGCUCUUCUUUCCCUGCUCUUCUUUCCCUGCUCUUCUUUCCCUGCUCUUUUCCUGCUCUUCUUCCCCUGCUCUUCUUCCCCUGCUCUUCUUUCCCUGCUCUUCUUUCCCUGCUCUUCUUUCCCUGCUCUUCUUUCCCUGCUCUUCUUUCCCUGCUCUUCUUUCCCUGCUCUUCUUUCCCUGCUCUUCUUUCCCUGCUCUUCUUUCCCUGCUCUUCUUUCCCUGCUCUUCUUUCCCUGCUCUUCUUUCCCUGCUCUUCUUUCCCUGCUCUUCUUUCCCUGCUCUUCUUUCCCUGCUCUUCUUUCCCUGCUCUUCUUUCCCUGCUCUUCUUUCCCUGCUCUUCUUUCCCUGCUCUUCUUUCCCUGCUCUUCUUUCCCUGCUCUUCUUUCCCUGCUCUUCUUUCCCUGCUCUUCUUUCCCUGCUCUUCUUUCCCUGCUCUUCUUUCCCUGCUCUUCUUUCCCUGCUCUUCUUUCCCUGCUCUUCUUUCCCUGCUCUUCUUUCCCUGCUCUUCUUUCCCUGCUCUUCUUUCCCUGCUCUUCUUUCCCUGCUCUUCUUUCCCUGCUCUUCUUUCCCUGCUCUUCUUUCCCUGCUCUUCUUUCCCUGCUCUUCUUUCCCUGCUCUUCUUUCCCUGCUCUUCUUUCCCUGCUCUUCUUUCCCUGCUCUUCUUUCCCUGCUCUUCUUUCCCUGCUCUUCUUUCCCUGCUCUUCUUUCCCUGCUCUUCUUUCCCUGCUCUUCUUUCCCUGCUCUUCUUUCCCUGCUCUUCUUUCCCUGCUCUUCUUUCCCUGCUCUUCUUUCCCUGCUCUUCUUUCCCUGCUCUUCUUUCCCUGCUCUUCUUUCCCUGCUCUUCUUUCCCUGCUCUUCUUUCCCUGCUCUUCUUUCCCUGCUCUUCUUUCCCUGCUCUUCUUUCCCUGCUCUUCUUUCCCUGCUCUUCUUUCCCUGCUCUUCUUUCCCUGCUCUUCUUUCCCUGCUCUUCUUUCCCUGCUCUUCUUUCCCUGCUCUUCUUUCCCUGCUCUUCUUUCCCUGCUCUUCUUUCCCUGCUCUUCUUUCCCUGCUCUUCUUUCCCUGCUCUUCUUUCCCUGCUCUUCUUUCCCUGCUCUUCUUUCCCUGCUCUUCUUUCCCUGCUCUUCUUUCCCUGCUCUUCUUUCCCUGCUCUUCUUUCCCUGCUCUUCUUUCCCUGCUCUUCUUUCCCUGCUCUUCUUUCCCUGCUCUUCUUUCCCUGCUCUUCUUUCCCUGCUCUUCUUUCCCUGCUCUUCUUUCCCUGCUCUUCUUUCCCUGCUCUUCUUUCCCUGCUCUUCUUUCCCUGCUCUUCUUUCCCUGCUCUUCUUUCCCUGCUCUUCUUUCCCUGCUCUUCUUUCCCUGCUCUUCUUUCCCUGCUCUUCUUUCCCUGCUCUUCUUUCCCUGCUCUUCUUUCCCUGCUCUUCUUUCCCUGCUCUUCUUUCCCUGCUCUUCUUUCCCUGCUCUUCUUUCCCUGCUCUUCUUUCCCUGCUCUUCUUUCCCUGCUCUUCUUUCCCUGCUCUUCUUUCCCUGCUCUUCUUUCCCUGCUCUUCUUUCCCUGCUCUUCUUUCCCUGCUCUUCUUUCCCUGCUCUUCUUUCCCUGCUCUUCUUUCCCUGCUCUUCUUUCCCUGCUCUUCUUUCCCUGCUCUUCUUUCCCUGCUCUUCUUUCCCUGCUCUUCUUUCCCUGCUCUUCUUUCCCUGCUCUUCUUUCCCUGCUCUUCUUUCCCUGCUCUUCUUUCCCUGCUCUUCUUUCCCUGCUCUUCUUUCCCUGCUCUUCUUUCCCUGCUCUUCUUUCCCUGCUCUUCUUUCCCUGCUCUUCUUUCCCUGCUCUUCUUUCCCUGCUCUUCUUUCCCUGCUCUUCUUUCCCUGCUCUUCUUUCCCUGCUCUUCUUUCCCUGCUCUUCUUUCCCUGCUCUUCUUUCCCUGCUCUUCUUUCCCUGCUCUUCUUUCCCUGCUCUUCUUUCCCUGCUCUUCUUUCCCUGCUCUUCUUUCCCUGCUCUUCUUUCCCUGCUCUUCUUUCCCUGCUCUUCUUUCCCUGCUCUUCUUUCCCUGCUCUUCUUUCCCUGCUCUUCUUUCCCUGCUCUUCUUUCCCUGCUCUUCUUUCCCUGCUCUUCUUUCCCUGCUCUUCUUUCCCUGCUCUUCUUUCCCUGCUCUUCUUUCCCUGCUCUUCUUUCCCUGCUCUUCUUUCCCUGCUCUUCUUUCCCUGCUCUUCUUUCCCUGCUCUUCUUUCCCUGCUCUUCUUUCCCUGCUCUUCUUUCCCUGCUCUUCUUUCCCUGCUCUUCUUUCCCUGCUCUUCUUUCCCUGCUCUUCUUUCCCUGCUCUUCUUUCCCUGCUCUUCUUUCCCUGCUCUUCUUUCCCUGCUCUUCUUUCCCUGCUCUUCUUUCCCUGCUCUUCUUUCCCUGCUCUUCUUUCCCUGCUCUUCUUUCCCUGCUCUUCUUUCCCUGCUCUUCUUUCCCUGCUCUUCUUUCCCUGCUCUUCUUUCCCUGCUCUUCUUUCCCUGCUCUUCUUUCCCUGCUCUUCUUUCCCUGCUCUUCUUUCCCUGCUCUUCUUUCCCUGCUCUUCUUUCCCUGCUCUUCUUUCCCUGCUCUUCUUUCCCUGCUCUUCUUUCCCUGCUCUUCUUUCCCUGCUCUUCUUUCCCUGCUCUUCUUUCCCUGCUCUUCUUUCCCUGCUCUUCUUUCCCUGCUCUUCUUUCCCUGCUCUUCUUUCCCUGCUCUUCUUUCCCUGCUCUUCUUUCCCUGCUCUUCUUUCCCUGCUCUUCUUUCCCUGCUCUUCUUUCCCUGCUCUUCUUUCCCUGCUCUUCUUUCCCUGCUCUUCUUUCCCUGCUCUUCUUUCCCUGCUCUUCUUUCCCUGCUCUUCUUUCCCUGCUCUUCUUUCCCUGCUCUUCUUUCCCUGCUCUUCUUUCCCUGCUCUUCUUUCCCUGCUCUUCUUUCCCUGCUCUUCUUUCCCUGCUCUUCUUUCCCUGCUCUUCUUUCCCUGCUCUUCUUUCCCUGCUCUUCUUUCCCUGCUCUUCUUCCCCUCUUCUUCCCUGCUCUUCUUCCCCUGCUCUUCUUUCCCUGCUCUUCUUUCCCUGCUCUUCUUUCCCUGCUCUUCUUUCCCUGCUCUUCUUUCCCUGCUCUUCUUUCCCUGCUCUUCUUUCCCUGCUCUUCUUUCCCUGCUCUUCUUUCCCUGCUCUUCUUUCCCUGCUCUUCUUUCCCUGCUCUUCUUUCCCUGCUCUUCUUUCCCUGCUCUUCUUUCCCUGCUCUUCUUUCCCUGCUCUUCUUUCCCUGCUCUUCUUUCCCUGCUCUUCUUUCCCUGCUCUUCUUUCCCUGCUCUUCUUUCCCUGCUCUUCUUUCCCUGCUCUUCUUUCCCUGCUCUUCUUUCCCUGCUCUUCUUUCCCUGCUCUUCUUUCCCUGCUCUUCUUUCCCUGCUCUUCUUUCCCUGCUCUUCUUUCCCUGCUCUUCUUUCCCUGCUCUUCUUUCCCUGCUCUUCUUUCCCUGCUCUUCUUUCCCUGCUCUUCUUUCCCUGCUCUUCUUUCCCUGCUCUUCUUUCCCUGCUCUUCUUUCCCUGCUCUUCUUUCCCUGCUCUUCUUUCCCUGCUCUUCUUUCCCUGCUCUUCUUUCCCUGCUCUUCUUUCCCUGCUCUUCUUUCCCUGCUCUUCUUUCCCUGCUCUUCUUUCCCUGCUCUUCUUUCCCUGCUCUUCUUUCCCUGCUCUUCUUUCCCUGCUCUUCUUUCCCUGCUCUUCUUUCCCUGCUCUUCUUUCCCUGCUCUUCUUUCCCUGCUCUUCUUUCCCUGCUCUUCUUUCCCUGCUCUUCUUUCCCUGCUCUUCUUUCCCUGCUCUUCUUUCCCUGCUCUUCUUUCCCUGCUCUUCUUUCCCUGCUCUUCUUUCCCUGCUCUUCUUUCCCUGCUCUUCUUUCCCUGCUCUUCUUUCCCUGCUCUUCUUUCCCUGCUCUUCUUUCCCUGCUCUUCUUUCCCUGCUCUUCUUUCCCUGCUCUUCUUUCCCUGCUCUUCUUUCCCUGCUCUUCUUUCCCUGCUCUUCUUUCCCUGCUCUUCUUUCCCUGCUCUUCUUUCCCUGCUCUUCUUUCCCUGCUCUUCUUUCCCUGCUCUUCUUUCCCUGCUCUUCUUUCCCUGCUCUUCUUUCCCUGCUCUUCUUUCCCUGCUCUUCUUUCCCUGCUCUUCUUUCCCUGCUCUUCUUUCCCUGCUCUUCUUUCCCUGCUCUUCUUUCCCUGCUCUUCUUUCCCUGCUCUUCUUUCCCUGCUCUUCUUUCCCUGCUCUUCUUUCCCUGCUCUUCUUUCCCUGCUCUUCUUUCCCUGCUCUUCUUUCCCUGCUCUUCUUUCCCUGCUCUUCUUUCCCUGCUCUUCUUUCCCUGCUCUUCUUUCCCUGCUCUUCUUUCCCUGCUCUUCUUUCCCUGCUCUUCUUUCCCUGCUCUUCUUUCCCUGCUCUUCUUUCCCUGCUCUUCUUUCCCUGCUCUUCUUUCCCUGCUCUUCUUUCCCUGCUCUUCUUUCCCUGCUCUUCUUUCCCUGCUCUUCUUUCCCUGCUCUUCUUUCCCUGCUCUUCUUUCCCUGCUCUUCUUUCCCUGCUCUUCUUUCCCUGCUCUUCUUUCCCUGCUCUUCUUUCCCUGCUCUUCUUUCCCUGCUCUUCUUUCCCUGCUCUUCUUUCCCUGCUCUUCUUUCCCUGCUCUUCUUUCCCUGCUCUUCUUUCCCUGCUCUUCUUUCCCUGCUCUUCUUUCCCUGCUCUUCUUUCCCUGCUCUUCUUUCCCUGCUCUUCUUUCCCUGCUCUUCUUUCCCUGCUCUUCUUUCCCUGCUCUUCUUUCCCUGCUCUUCUUUCCCUGCUCUUCUUUCCCUGCUCUUCUUUCCCUGCUCUUCUUUCCCUGCUCUUCUUUCCCUGCUCUUCUUUCCCUGCUCUUCUUUCCCUGCUCUUCUUUCCCUGCUCUUCUUUCCCUGCUCUUCUUUCCCUGCUCUUCUUUCCCUGCUCUUCUUUCCCUGCUCUUCUUUCCCUGCUCUUCUUUCCCUGCUCUUCUUUCCCUGCUCUUCUUUCCCUGCUCUUCUUUCCCUGCUCUUCUUUCCCUGCUCUUCUUUCCCUGCUCUUCUUUCCCUGCUCUUCUUUCCCUGCUCUUCUUUCCCUGCUCUUCUUUCCCUGCUCUUCUUUCCCUGCUCUUCUUUCCCUGCUCUUCUUUCCCUGCUCUUCUUUCCCUGCUCUUCUUUCCCUGCUCUUCUUUCCCUGCUCUUCUUUCCCUGCUCUUCUUUCCCUGCUCUUCUUUCCCUGCUCUUCUUUCCCUGCUCUUCUUUCCCUGCUCUUCUUUCCCUGCUCUUCUUUCCCUGCUCUUCUUUCCCUGCUCUUCUUUCCCUGCUCUUCUUUCCCUGCUCUUCUUUCCCUGCUCUUCUUUCCCUGCUCUUCUUUCCCUGCUCUUCUUUCCCUGCUCUUCUUUCCCUGCUCUUCUUUCCCUGCUCUUCUUUCCCUGCUCUUCUUUCCCUGCUCUUCUUUCCCUGCUCUUCUUUCCCUGCUCUUCUUUCCCUGCUCUUCUUUCCCUGCUCUUCUUUCCCUGCUCUUCUUUCCCUGCUCUUCUUUCCCUGCUCUUCUUUCCCUGCUCUUCUUUCCCUGCUCUUCUUUCCCUGCUCUUCUUUCCCUGCUCUUCUUUCCCUGCUCUUCUUUCCCUGCUCUUCUUUCCCUGCUCUUCUUUCCCUGCUCUUCUUUCCCUGCUCUUCUUUCCCUGCUCUUCUUUCCCUGCUCUUCUUUCCCUGCUCUUCUUUCCCUGCUCUUCUUUCCCUGCUCUUCUUUCCCUGCUCUUCUUUCCCUGCUCUUCUUUCCCUGCUCUUCUUUCCCUGCUCUUCUUUCCCUGCUCUUCUUUCCCUGCUCUUCUUUCCCUGCUCUUCUUUCCCUGCUCUUCUUUCCCUGCUCUUCUUUCCCUGCUCUUCUUUCCCUGCUCUUCUUUCCCUGCUCUUCUUUCCCUGCUCUUCUUUCCCUGCUCUUCUUUCCCUGCUCUUCUUUCCCUGCUCUUCUUUCCCUGCUCUUCUUUCCCUGCUCUUCUUUCCCUGCUCUUCUUUCCCUGCUCUUCUUUCCCUGCUCUUCUUUCCCUGCUCUUCUUUCCCUGCUCUUCUUUCCCUGCUCUUCUUUCCCUGCUCUUCUUUCCCUGCUCUUCUUUCCCUGCUCUUCUUUCCCUGCUCUUCUUUCCCUGCUCUUCUUUCCCUGCUCUUCUUUCCCUGCUCUUCUUUCCCUGCUCUUCUUUCCCUGCUCUUCUUUCCCUGCUCUUCUUUCCCUGCUCUUCUUUCCCUGCUCUUCUUUCCCUGCUCUUCUUUCCCUGCUCUUCUUUCCCUGCUCUUCUUUCCCUGCUCUUCUUUCCCUGCUCUUCUUUCCCUGCUCUUCUUUCCCUGCUCUUCUUUCCCUGCUCUUCUUUCCCUGCUCCCUGCUCAUUGGAAUUGA